UAAGUAUAAAUUAUCUAUCAGUUUUAAAAAUAUAUUUUGGCAUGGUUUUCACAUGAAAAUUCACAAUUUUCCAUUGCAAAAACUUGUCCAAUCGGUAAAUAUCAGGUCAUUCUAAAACAAGCAUAGUAAUAUGAAGUGUCAUUAUGAAAUUCUUCAAAUAUCUAAAGAAGCCGAUGAUAGUGAAAUAAAAAAUGCAUAUAGGAAAUUAGCUCUCAAAUGGCAUCCCGAUAAAAACUUAGAACAGCCGGUUAUUGCAAAAGAACAGUUUCAAUUGGUACAGCAAGCAUAUGAAGUGCUCGGCGAUAAACAAGAGCGAGCAUGGUAUGAUGCUCAUCGAGAUCAAAUUCUAAGAGGAAUAAGCUCCGAGUUCCAAGACAAGAGCUUAGAUGUGUUUCAGUAUUUUACUACGACUUGUUUUAAAGGGUAUAACGAGGAGAAGAAUGGAUUCUUUGCAGUAUACAGACAAGUGUUUGAGCAAAUUGCUAAAGAAGAUAUUGAAUUCAUGGAUGACAAAGAGGAUUUUGUGGAGAUUCCUGGAUUUGGAAAAUCCGAUAGUGAUUAUGAGACAGUUGUUAAGCCAUUUUAUGACUUUUGGAUGAGUUAUUCAACUAAGAAGAGUUACUCUUGGUUAGACCCUUAUGAUAUAAGAGAAGGAAAAGGUGACAGACGGCUUUUAAAAGUAAUUGAGAAAGAAAAUAAAAAAGUAAGACAGAAGGCAAGAAAGGACAGGAAUGAAGAAAUUAGAAGCUUAGUGUCUUUUGUCAGAAAAAGGGAUAAGAGAGUACAAGCAUAUAAAAAAGAAAUGGAAGAUAAGGCUAUUGAAAAUAGAAAAAAGCAGGAAAAAAUAAGCAAACAGAGGAGGAUCGAAAGAAAGCAACAGCAGGCUAAUGAAAAACAAGCUGAUUGGAUGAAAUUUGAGAAUGUUCAAUCACAACUUGAAGAAAUGGAGAAACAUCUUGCAGAACAAUUUGGUGAAGAUAUAUCAAAUUCAGAAGAAGAAAUUGAGGAUGUAACUAAUCUUUAUUGUGUAGCAUGUAAUAAAGUUUUUAAGACCGCCAAAGCUUUUGAGAAUCAUGAAUCCAGUAAAAAGCAUCGCGAAAAUGUAGAGAGGCUAAAGCAAACUAUGUUAGAGGAUGAUAUUGAAUCAAAUUUAACAGGCAACGUAGAUGAAUAUCAGGAUAUAAUACAGUCUGAUGAAGAUCUGGAAGAUAUUAUAGAUGAAAAAGAUUCUGAGUCAGAUGAAGAUUCUGUGGAACAAAAGGAUUGCAUAAAUGAAAUAGGACACACAAAACAGAAACAAUAUAAUGAAUAUUCAAGCACCGAAAAUUUAGCAAGCAAUUCAAAAAAUGAUAAUUCCAAAAAAAAACAAAAGCAAAAUAAGAAAUCCAGAACUGUGUUAACCAACGUACAGGAUAGCGAUGAAGACUUGGAUGUAUUAAAAGUUUCAGAUGAUGACUUUGAUUUUGGCAUGAGUAAAAGUCAAAAAAAGAAAAAUAUUAAGAAGACCAACUUGAAUAAAAUUAAGCCGACUAAAGAUAUGCUCACUGAAACUCAGUCUGGUGAUGUAGAAGUGAAAAUUACUGUUCCUAAGAAACUAGGAAAGAAAAACAGAAAAAAAGAUGUAGCAACUGGUCUUAGUGAAAUAGAUACAAAUCACUGUUGUGUGACCUGUAGAGGAAAUUUUCCGUCAAAGAAUAAACUUUUUGAUCAUCUAAAGAAGACACGACAUGGUGUUUAUAUACCACCAAAUUAAAACUAAAUCAGAAAACAAUAGCUUAAAUAGUUGACAUAUUUAUUUGUAAACAUCUAAUUCAUAAUAAUAUAUAUUCUUUUUUAAA